UAGUCGUCUCCAUCACUGGAAUUAUCUAGAACUUGUAGUAUUUGGAGAUCCUGUCAGCUAUUGUUUGUGAGCCGGAGACAGUCAUGAUCCUCCUAAGUCCUUCUACUGGUAGGUUCUUGUUUCUCAGUCUCAUCUCAUUAUCUGGAUUACUGUACGUCUAAAUGGACACAGGUGGCAGAGAUUAAAGCCGAGGUCUAGUGGGGUCAAAUUAGGCAGGACAACAGCCUUUAAUGGGCUGAUUUACCUGGACUGAAACUUUCCAUUUAGAAGUAGAGUAACUGAUUUGUUAUGCAGAAGAUUAUACACAAAAUCGUAAAUGCAAUGCAUGUAUGUAGUGUGUGUUUGCAGUCUUAAUAUGUAAUUAUUAUUAAAAUUAGUGCAAAUGCAUACCAGUAUGCAUCAAGUAUUGACUCGCUUACAGUUCUGUUUUAUUAGACUGCAAGAGUACAACACUUAUCGUUACCAUUCUUAAUAGAAAGUACAGGGAAAUCUUUGUAUUAUUGUUGUGUAUCAUUCAUUUUAUUGUUUUGUAUUUUAUCAGGGAAAAAAUUAAAGCAAAUCUAAAAAAGUUUUCAUUUUUAAAUGAAUUUACUCCAUAUUAUUUGCAAUAUAACUUGUUUUCCUUGUUUUUCAUUCAGUCUUUUUAGUGGUCUCGGUACGUUGAACCCAAAAUUGCAGGACAUUACAUAACAAGUGCCUUCCCAUCAUGCUUUGCACUCAGGCAGCAAUCCAGAAUUAGUGACCUGCUUGAAACUGACAGCGUGUCUGGCUCUGUCCUCUUUUUAUCAGUGACCAGACAAUUAAGUGGUUAGAGUAUCGAUCUGCAAGCCCACAGACUUUUUAUGUGUCUCUUUGUUGUGUCAUUGACUGUAACAACAGCAAAAAGCAUGAGAGUAUUCAUCGAUGAAACCUUGGCCUUGUUAAUGCAUAAGCAGGCCAAAUGUAUUCUGCAUUCAUUGAUGUGUUUUCCCAUGAAAAUGUACCCAGAUAUCAUUGAAAUGCCAGGUUCUGACAUGUGCUUAAAGACAAGUAAAAAGGCAUGCUUUUAACUUUUACAUGUAAGUUACUGUUGGCUUUGUGCUGUGUCUGAUGCGCUGUUUUCUUUCAGAUGAAGAGUCUCUUGAACUCGCCUGGCUUUGGAAUCACAGGAAGUUCAGGGUGAAAGCACAUUGAAGGGUUGCUAUACUGCAACAUUUAAAACAAACAUUUAAAUUUUGCAGACCGUUUUUUUCUGUGCACUCUGUCUUGGACAGUACCAUGACUUGAGAGAAAGUAAUGAACUCACAGGAGAGGAGGCAGACAGAAAUAAACAAAGAUGUCUUUGUUUGGCUUUGUCAACAAACACCACAGCUUUGUGGUGGCAGUUUUUGGCUGGAGCAAGGCAGCGUCAGCACUCUUUGCAUUUUGCUGACUAAAAUUUAGCUCUAAUACUGCGAUUAUUUUUUGUCUAAAAGACACCAAACUUGCACAAUACAAGCUAACAUAUGGCUCAACCUAGCCAUUAAUACUGGCAUUAUACACCUUUGUAUUUUGCUAUUUAAGCAGAAGGCUUGUAUUUUAAAAUAGGAGGCCGAUUAUUUUAAUGCCAAAAUCUCCAUUAAAGCCGGGGCUGCAGUUGUAUUUAUAGAUCUGUAAUUGAUCUUACGUCUGGUAUGUGUCAAUGCAGUAGGUCCAACUCACUCUCACUUUAGCCAGUGGUGUUUGUGCUAGUCUCCUAUGUUCAUAGCUGCCUCCCCACAUCAGUUUUUGUGUUAUUUCCCCCUGUAAGAUCACACUUGAGUGCUAACAAUCCACAUGCAUCCUUUCACACUGUAUUGACAUGUUUGAUUGCAAUUACUAUCAUGACUAUUCCUUUAAUAUAUUGAUAUGAAACUUUUUCUGCAUGCUAUUGUGGGCAUUUAUUCUACAUAACACUUAAGAUAUGUGUAUUUAUUGAGUAUAUAGAGCUAAAUAAUGCUACGUAAUAAGGCACCUUAUAUUUUUGCAUGCUGAACGCUGCACACCUUUGAUUGAAUUAUGUAUGUACUGGAAAAAAAGUUCAUUUUAGCAAUCUGAAAGUGGAUGAAUGUAUCGUAAGGUCGGUCUCGGUCCAAUAAACAUACGUCUUGGUAAGUGAUGCUUCUUUUACAUAAGACAGAAGAACCUGGAUUCUAACUUCAUGGUAGAAAAUUAUUAUUUUAUAAUGUCUGAUAAGACUUACGAUCACUUUCACAUUCUCCUCACACUCAAACUGACAUUGUAUGCUUGCAAAAGUUAGCUAUUCCCAUUCAUAAACAUUCAUCAAAGGGCCAGCAUGGUCACCCCAAGACAAUAAGGUUUUAGCAGUUAGCUUCUUAAACCACAGGAUAGGAUGUUAACCUCACAGAAACAUUGUCUAACUGCUGCUGUCAUGCUGUCUCAGGUCUCUACCAGUGCACCAACAAGCUCUUUCUAAGCGAAAAGGCCACAGGACUCCAGAUCAAGGAGUUUGCCCGCAAAAAUGCAGCUAAUGCUCUGUCAGUCGCCAACAUGGUCAUGGGCAUGGCCUCCAUUCUCAGCAGUCUGAACGGGCACCAUCAUGCUGCAUGUUGGCUGGUCCUGAUUGGCUACCUGCUGGAUUUGGCAGAUGGAGCAGUUGCCAGGCGACUUGAUGCAUGCUCUGCACUGGGUGCAAAGCUGGAUGAUUUUGCCGACUUCACAACCUUUGGAAUCGCCACGUCCUUGCUCCUGAGAACAUCUGACCUGCUGGAUAGCAUCCUGUGCAUAUGUUACGUCCUGUCUGUCUUUGUCCGCCUCUGUUUCUUCUCAAGUGGAAUACCGUUCAUGUACCGUGGCCUGCCAUGCAUCUAUUCCUCUGCCAUUCUGGCCAGUGCCUCCCUGCUGUCUGGGGGAAACCUGGUCUUGCUGCGAGUCAUCGCAGUGGCCAUGAUCCUCUUUAUGAUCAGUCAGAACUUUUACCCUCAUGACAGAGUGCUGGAGUCACAAGCCUGGAAGAAAGCAGUCUACGCCGGAGGAGUCAUCAUGGUGUUCUGCUCUUCCUUCCCUCCUGCGUGCGUGUACUACCUGCUGUGGUCUGUCUCAUACAUCUUGUUCCCAACAUCCCUCUGGAGCAGUAAAGUGUAAAAGCGGAGUUAGCUUUGUCCAGAACUCCUCGAAAAGAUUACCUCCGGCCCAUCUGGGUAAACCGAGGCUUCAGACUGUUGCUGCUCCCUGCUGCUAUGGAGGAUACAAGCUACAGUAAAACACUGGGGAACAUUCGCUCUAUUAUUUUGCUACAACACCUCCACGACAGAUUGAAGAGAGUUAGCGUGAUGAUGGAGAGGGUCAUGUUUAGGACACCUCCAUGAAGUCUUGUCUUUGUCGCAUGUUCACUGAAGCCUGGGCUUAGAUGGCUUGUUCUAAAAAAUGGAUUUUCAUCAGGUUUACUUCUUAUGUAAUCUCUUCUCUUUGGUAUUAAUCCAAUUUUACAUCAAUGUCAGGAGGCAUUAUUUUCUCACAUGAUAAAAACAAUAGAUUAUUUCCUACAAAGUAACUGCAUGGAUUUCUAAAACACUACCGUCAAUAAUUGGACUUAAAAUAUUUAUUUAGUUAUUAAAGCAGUAUGUAGUUACAGCCUUUAAUCUGUGACUUUUCAAGACAGUAUUUAAGCAGUAUUUUCAAUAUUUAUAGUUUCCAGAUUCCAAUUGGAAAAAAUUCAAGUGUUAUACCACUAUGAUGGAACAGGACGCUGUUUUUAUUUUUGAUUUAUUGAUUUGAAUGUAGCCUAUGUUUUGAAUAAGCUAAAGUGAGAGUAACUUAGCCAGUUCUGGCUUCUGUAAAUGAGGGACCUUUCACUUGUUUAGCUUUUGAGACUGUUAGCUUUUUACCAAGUUGUCCAAGAAAUGAUGAGACUGGUUUCCACAUUUUUUCUAUGUUUCUUUUUAUUCAGCCAUGCUAUGACUUUGCCUCUGUUUUAAGAGGUUGAAAUAGAAGGGCAUCAUUGGAUUAACACCCCAUCUCAUAAUACUAUCUCUUGUCAAAAUAUCUGCUGCCUGUGGCGAGAGUGAUUAAAAGGGAGUCUGAUGCAACACAAUUGGAUGUUUGACUCCUCACUGCUCUGCAGCCGCGUUGUUGAUUUAGUGUAAUUUCCCUCUAAGAGCAGCAAAUCCCAGGCUUCAGACAUGAGCUGAAAAUCUUGAAUGUUCUGCCACCUAGUGAGUAACAAAAAAAUCACAACAAAUGAGUUGUAUUACACUUUAUGCUGGCUCUGUUCUCAAAUGCACCACUUCUAGUAGCUUUGAAACUCACAGAGGACAAGACAGCGGAGGAUUAAGGUGUCUUAGCCAGUAUUUACUUAGCAGAGGUUCAUAGAUGAAAAGAAAUAACAUUUUGGUUCUUAUAAGGUUUGAACCAAUGGUGGCUAUCAGUGGUUUAAAAUGACCACCUUUGUGAGUGAAAAAAAAAAAAGCCACACGUAGAAAAUAAGUAUACUUUAGUCCAUUCAAUAGUGCAUUCCUUUGUGGGUGUUCAGGUAUUGAAAGUCAGUAAUGUAUGCAUGCCAGAAGCAUACUCUCCCAGAGGAUAAAAGUAUAAAAACAGAGCUAUUUGAAUAAAAGAUCUGCAAAUGAGUCUGUACAUUUUUGAAAAUAAACAUUACAAAUGAAAUGAGUGUGUGUCUUUUGUUCAGUGUAUCACAGGUGUAUGAUGUUAACCUUGUUUCAUGAUGAACAUUUAAAGGAAACCCAUUUAUAAAAACAUGUCUUUCUACCUCUUCUUGCCUGUGUUAACCGAUUGUCACCACUCUCAAACUAUUUUCCUCACUUUUAUGCCCAUUUUGCCUCUUUAAAUGAUUUUUCACUACUUGUUACAUCCAUGUUUGCCACUUCAAACCCAUCCUUCUGUUUUUAACCCCUUUCCACCACUCUUUUAUCUAAUUCUUGCCAAUUUUUAUCCAUUUCUGCCUCUUUUAAUCAGUUGUUUCUGCUUUUUGCCCAUUAUUGCCAACUUUUUUGCCACUGUUAAAUAAGUUCUGCCUCUUUUCGCCAAUUUUUGGCUCCUACACCCAUUUUUGCCUCUUUAAAGGGGACAUAUUUCACCGUUUUAAGACGAGUUUAUAUCAUUCUCAGAGGUCCCCAAAACAUGCCUGUGAAGUUUGUUUCUGAAAAAACACUCCAGUAUUGGAUUUUUGCAUGUCUAAAACCCCUCUGUUUCAGCCCUGAUCAGAACGAGCCGUUUCUGUGU